AUGGUGCAAAAACAUAACGGCGGGUGGAGAAUGUGUGUCGACUUCAAAGACCUCAACAAAGCAUGCCCUAGAGACUGCUAUGCGCUCCCAGAAAUAGACAAGAAAGUCGAUUCUUUAGCAUCAUUCAGGUGGAAAUGCUUCCUCGACUGCUAUAAGGGUUAUCACCAGGUCCAGAUGAAAGAAGAAGACGAAGAAAAAACCGCAUUUCGCACAGACAAAGGCAUCUACUGUUACACCAAAAUGCCGUUUGGGUUGCGCAACGCAGGCGCCACAUAUCAACGCCUAAUGGACACAAUCUUUAGCGAGGAUAUUGGCAAAACUGUCGAAGUAUACAUGGAUGACCUCGUCAUCAUGAGUCAUGAAGAGGUGACGAUGCUCCACAAUAUCCAGCGCACAUUCGAUUCCUUACGAAGCGUAAAUUUAAAAUUGAACCCGACAAAAUGCUCCUUCGGAAUGGAAGAAGGAAAGUUUUUUGGUUUCAUAGUUACCAAAGACGGUUUUAAAGUCAAUCCAGAGAAGGUACAGACCAUUCAGCAAAUGCCAUCACCGGCAACAGUCAAAGAAAUGCAAAGGCUUGCCGGACGAUUAGCAGCUCUAAAUAGAUUUUUGGCUAAUCAUGCGGCAAAAUCUUACCCAUUUAUCAGUACGCUGCGAAACUGCGGUAAGAAAACUCCCUUUCAAUGGACACCCGAAGCGGAAGCAGCGUUCAAGCAAAUGAAAGAAUAUUUAAUCCAAUUACCAACACUGACCGCGCCAAAGGAAAAAGAACCAUUAAUCUUGUAUCUGUCAGACGCGGAGGUGGCAGUAGGCGCAGUAUUAAUGGUAGAGCGGGAAAACAUUCAGACUCCAAUCUACUACAUCAGCAAAAUGCUCACCGGUCCUGAAACUCGUUAUUCGAUGAUAGAAAAGCUGGUUUUAGCGCUAGUACACGCAUCCAGACGCUUGCGCAGGUAUUUUUCAGGCCAUGUCAUCACAGUACUGACAAAUUAUCAUCUGGGUCAAAUCUUGUCAAAACCCGACAUAGCGGGGAGAUUAGCCAAAUGGGCCAUCGAGCUAGGAGGCUACAACAUUUUUUACAGACCAAGACCAGCAAUCAAAGGGCAAGUUCUAGCAGAUUUCGCCACCGAAGUUCCCGUUGAUAAAGUGCAAGAAUGUGAAGCAAUCCAAAAUCCAACGCCUGUUUUUGACGACAGAGUCUGGACCUUACACACUGAUGGGGCGUCCAAUGACGACGGAGCAGGAGCAGGUCUCCGAUUAGUCAGCCCGGAUAAUCACGAACUCACAUAUGCUAUCCGCUUGGAUUUCCAAAGUACUAACAACGAAGCGGAAUACGAAGCAUUUCUAGCAGGUCUUCGUCUAGCACUCAAAAUGGGAGCAAAAAACCUUGAAGCUAACGUUGACUCAAAGCUAGUAGCUGAACAAGUUAACGGCCGCUACGACGCGAAAGGUGAGGCUAUGGCAUUGUACCUCGAACAAGCGCGGAUGUUAAUUAAUCAAUUUCAGACAUUCAAAGUCAAUCACAUAAACAGAAGCGAGAACAAACACGCCGACGUGCUAAGCAAGUUAGCUGCUACCAGCUUUAAACACGUAGCAAAAGAGGUGCGCAUAGAGGUACUAUCCAAUCCUUCCAUUCACCUAAAGCAAGUAAAUGUUAUAGAAAUGGGAAAUCCGUCCUGGAUGUCUCCAAUUAUCUUAUACCUCCAACACGGAAAACUCCCGGAAGGAAAGACAGAAGCCCGAAAAAUACAACACAAAGCAAUAAAUUACGAGAUGGCGGAUGACGUCCUUUAUCGAAAAUCAUUUAUGGGUCCAUUACUACGUUGUGUUGAUAAAACAGACGCUCAGUAUCUGGUCAGAGAAAUCCACGAGGGAUUAUGCGGGAUACAUGCGGGACCGCGUAUGGUAGUGGCAAAAAUAAUGAGCGCUGGAUACUACUGGCCUGGAAUGCACAUGGAUGCAGUUGAUCUAUUACGGAGAUUUGGGUUACCAUUGCGCAUUAUUUCUGACAAUGGUACCAAUUUUGCCGCGGAAGACCUUCAAAAACGGUUCAAAGAAAUGAACAUUGAGCACAGCUUCGCCUCCGUCGCGCAUCCUCAAGCGAAUGGUCAGGUAGAAAGCAUAAACAAACAAAUCGUCGAUGGUAUAAAAGCGCGGCUGGGGACAGCGCGCAGAGGAUGGGUUGACGAGCUUCCCAGCAUCCUCUGGGCGCAUCGAACAAUGCCAAAGACUAGCACCGGAGAAACCCCGUUCAGUCUAGUCUAUGGAUCAGAGGCUGUCAUUCCAGCAGAAAUAGGCCUACCUUCACCGCGUAUGUUGGCUAUGGAAAAGCAGAAUAAUGAACAGGAACGGAGGCUGGAUUUAGAUCUUCUGGAAGAAAGGCGCGAGAACGCGGCCAUAGCAGAAGCAAGAUACAAAUCCAAGCUAGAAAAAUAUUACAACGCGCGAGUGCGCAUCUGCACUUUUGUCCCCGGAGAUUUUGUCUUACGCGACAACGAGGCUUCAAACGCUGAAAAACCCGGCAAAUUAGCGCCGAGGUGGGAAGGACCCUAUGUCAUUAAUGAGGUCUUAGGCAAAGGGGCAUAUACCCUAAAAAGAGUUGAUGGGACUUUAGUUCCCCGCACCUGGAACGCGCAACAGCUGCGCAGCUGUUACAUAUGA